UCUAUCUGUCAAAGUCAGUCAUUUUUAUUUGGCAAAUCAUGCAUGUUCGAUUUUAUUGCGUUGAGUUCUUAUUUCGUGCAAUAUAAUUGGUUUUAAUUGUAAUUAACGUGAUUAAUAGAUAGAAUUGAAUAAAAUGGCAGACCAAAACCCACAAGCAGGAGACACGGGUCCCCCGAAGGGCAUCCCAGCGCUGAAGGCCCACGUGGCCGCCAACAAGAUUGACGUGGCCCUGUGGGGCAUCCGGCUGCUCACUGUCUUGUGCACAAUAGGAUAUGUCUUACCUUUAUUCAAUAACCCAGUGUCGGCCUUCUACAAGGCGCUCCUCGGCAACGCGGCGACGUCGGCGCUCCGCCUGCACCAGCGGAUCCCGGCGCGCGAAAUCUCCCUCUCCCGGGAAUUCCUGGCGCGGUUCUUCCUGGAGGACUCCGCUCACUACCUCUUCUACUCGCUCAUAUUCAUGAACGUGGCGCCUAACUUGUUGAUCCUGACGCCCAUUUUCCUGUUCGCGCUCUUGCACGCCGCUUCCUACUCGCUCACCAUUCUUGAUACGCUCGGCCAGAACUCGAUGUGGGUGGCGCGCCUGCUGAUCUCGCUGGUGGAGUUCCAGUCGCGCAACAUCCUGCGCGCCGCCGCGCUCGCCGAGAUCGUGCUGUUCCCCGUCGUCGUGCUCAUGGCGCUGUUCGCGUACUGCAGCCUGCUGACGCCGUUCGUGUACUACUACUUCGUGACGUGGCGCUAUGCGUCCCGUCGCAACCCAUACACGCGCAACACCUUCCACGAGUUGCGAGCGCUCGCCGACCGCACCGCCGCGCGCCAGUCGCUGCCCGCGCCGCUGCGGUCCGCUAUCGCUGCUGCGGUCACGUUGGUCUGCCGCAUGGCGCCGCCGCUUGAAGCCGCUGCUCAGUGAGUGUCCCUAUACACACAGUACUACAGUACACACAGUACUACAGUACACACAGUACUACAGUACACACAGUACUACAGUACACACAGCUCGCCGACCGCACCGCCGCGCGCCAGUCGCUGCCCGCGCCGCUGCGGUCCGCUAUCGCUGCUGCGGUCACGUUGGUCUGCCGCAUGGCGCCGCCGCUUGAAGCCGCUGCUCAGUGAGUGUCCCUAUACACACAGUACUACAGUACACACAGUACUACAGUACACACAGUACUACAGUACACACAGCUCGCCGACCGCACCGCCGCGCGCCAGUCGCUGCCCGCGCCGCUGCGGUCCGCUAUCGCUGCUGCGGUCACGUUGGUCUGCCGCAUGGCGCCGCCGCUUGAAGCCGCUGCUCAGUGAGUGUCCCUAUACACACAGUACUACAGUACACACAGUACUACAGUACACACAGUACUACAGUACACACAGCUCGCCGACCGCACCGCCGCGCGCCAGUCGCUGCCCGCGCCGCUGCGGUCCGCUAUCGCUGCUGCGGUCACGUUGGUCUGCCGCAUGGCGCCGCCGCUUGAAGCCGCUGCUCAGUGAGUGUCCCUAUACACACAGUACUACAGUACACACAGUACUACAGUACACACAGUACUACAGUACACACAGCUCGCCGACCGCACCGCCGCGCGCCAGUCGCUGCCCGCGCCGCUGCGGUCCGCUAUCGCUGCUGCGGUCACGUUGGUCUGCCGCAUGGCGCCGCCGCUUGAAGCCGCUGCUCAGUGAGUGUCCCUAUACACACAGUACUACAGUACACACAGUACUACAGUACACACAGUACUACAGUACACACAGCUCGCCGACCGCACCGCCGCGCGCCAGUCGCUGCCCGCGCCGCUGCGGUCCGCUAUCGCUGCUGCGGUCACGUUGGUCUGCCGCAUGGCGCCGCCGCUUGAAGCCGCUGCUCAAUAACCUCAAAACCACUCCACUCUCAACUUCGGCGUCCGCUGACGCCGCCGUUGCAGGCUCCCGCAACGAUGACCACCCUUCAUAUCUCGCUCGUGUUUAAUAAACGUGCCGAUGACUUGUGACAAUUUUGUCUAUGGUGCCACCGAGCUUCUAUGAAUGCGGUGGGUAGAUGAAUGAAAUUAUGACAAUUUUUGUUAAAGUCCGGUCGCCGAGCAGAUAGAAUUUCGUCCAAUGUCCCGCGCGGUUGUGCGUCGGGCGGCCGCAGUGAGUGUGUGAGCGCGACAGCAAUAGUAUAAUUACUCGCGAGCGAUAAGGAUGGGUAGCUUGGGGUCAUUGGAUGAAAUUCUAUCUGCUCUGCGACCGGACUUUAGAGAAAUUUCACUUUUGACAUUAUCUACCCACUGUGAGUUGCUUUAAGAAGCACGGCAGCACGCCGACUAACGCCAAAGUAUUAUUACUGUCUAGGGCCAAAACAAAAAUAUCAUUACGUAACUUUAAAAUCAUUUUAUUGGUUUAAACUGUACAGCUUCAUGACGAAAUUAUGGAUAAAUUAACGAUAAUGCAUUUUAUUGUCAUGUUUAUUAAAUUUGGUGUUAGAUAUCUUUCAAUAAACCAACAUAGGUGAACAAAACAGACCAGGCAAAGCCCAAACCUUUCUUUUUUACUAUGUGGACAUAACCCCACUGUCACUCGACUGAGCGUAUUGUCUUGAUGCUUUUGUCAUUCCUAUUUUUGGUGAGGAUAAAAUAAAUAUUGUGUAUUUAAAUAAGCUCUGAUUUUUAAUUUAAGUCAUCUGAUAUUAGGACUAUAGAUAAAGGAACUCGUCGAUUACAGUAUAGUUAUCUAACUAAUGACCGAUAUUAAAAAUCAGAGUAAAGUGCACUAGCUCGUUGCAUAGUUAAGUUUGAUAUUUAUUGUAGUGUUGUGGUCGAGCGAUUCCAAACCUUACGUUCAGUAUUCACGGUUGUUUUUCAAAUUAAAUUUUACAACGUUUUCGUCACAAUCUCGUGUUUGGCUUUUAAUACGAAUAAAUUAUCGUAAUAAAUAAAUCUAUGUGAAUAGUUGUUGGUGUUCCAACAGUUUGUCCUUGCGGUACAAAUAAAAUGCACUUUACAAAACUUUAUAAUGCACAGACUGUAUAUUCCCUACCAGACGGCAUGACAGAAAUAUACGGAUGGCAUAUUAAUUAAAAUAUAUACAAAAUACCAGAAUAAUGAUUAUUGUAUUGUCUGGUAGUUAAUUACAUUUUAUUUAUGAAAGUAAACCACUUGAUUAUAUUUACUGUGGUGGUAGGCGAGCCAGUCGUGUCAAUUUCUGUCGUGGUUUCCCUUGCAUUUCAUACAAGUGUAUCUUUCUUUAUACGGGGUAAUUGCAUUAAGUUUAAUUUAAGGAUGAGAAGUGUAUUUUGGUCCAAUUUUAGUUAAGAUUUAUUUACGAUAGAUUUAAUAAGACGUUUUUAUGGAUUUUCCAAGAAUACAGUAAUUAGGAGGAAUGAAAUGUAUUGGACGCUCAGCAAAGCACCGGUGACUACCUGAAAUCAUUUACGACUAAUAUUAGUUAUUUAUGAAAGAAAAAUUUAGUUAUCAAUUUUAUUUUACACGCGUUGAAUCAACAAAAAAGUACAUAAUCAUUUUUCUCGGUGGUUUGCUGACGUAAUAAAUGUAUUUAGUAAUAAUAAUGCACUUGGUUUAGGGUGAUUGUAGUCAUGUUUUAUAAAUAAAUGUUGGUGUAAACUGUA